AUGGCGGUCACCAUCGACAUGGCCGAUGACUUCAACCCCGCCCCAACGCCCAAGGUGAUCCAACAGCGCAACCUUCUCCUGGCACCGCCCUCGAUCGCUGCUCAUGAGGAGAAACUACGUGACCUGUUUUCCACCUUCGACCGCUCAACCACCGAUCUGCAGAUGCUGGACCGCCUCGGCGCCGGCCUCGUUCCUCUCCCCGCGGAUACCUACGAUCUCGUGCUGGUUCUGACCGACACCGAUGGCGCCCGCCGCGAGGAGGCUAUCAAACUGCUCAGUCGGGAUGUAUACAAGGUCCUCGUGCCGGCCAUGAAGGCUGGAGGGAAACUACAGCUGCAAGAGGGUCGUCUCGGAGCCAACGAAGGACUGGAGGCCAUUUUGGCGGGACUGGUCGAGAAGGACGGCAGUUUCGAGAAACAGAUGUUUGAGACCGCCGCGGUACCACUCCGACUAGGUGGGAAGAGGAAGAAGAAGGAAACAUCAUCCAACGGUGUUUCGAAUGGUUUUUCAAACGGUGUUCAGACAAAUGGCACGAACGGCGUGGGGUUCGUCGAUGGCGACGAGUUGAUUGAUGAAGACACCUUAUUGUCGGAGGAUGAUAUGAAGAGACCAUUGCAAAUACGUUCGUUCCCCUCUUUACGCCCUGUGUUCUUGCUAACGCUCGCAGCGUCGAAUUGUCAGCCGGAGACUGCCAAAAAGCGACGACGCCCCUGUAAGGACUGCACCUGCGGACUGGCGGAGAAACUCGAGAAAGAGGACCAAGAACGUCAGGCCCAGGCAACGAAGGACUUGAGCAUUCUCAAGCUGCAGGCGGACGAUCUCAACGACGAGCUAGAUUUCACUGUGCAAGGGAAGACCGGCUCAUGUAACAGCUGCUCCCUGGGCGAUGCUUUCCGCUGCUCGACAUGUCCGUACAUUGGCCUCCCUCCGUUCAAACCCGGAGAGGAGGUCAAGAUUAUGAAUGAUAUGAUCCAGUUGUGA